UGGAGAGUUCGCCGUGAACAUGCCGUUUUAUCUGUGACGCUUAAGUAUGACAUUCGCGAUUGUUAUUGUGUCAUUUUAAUAUUUAAUCUUAGAGCUUGUUGAAAAGAAAAUUUUUUGGAAAUCUAUAAUAAUCUUUAAACAUUCGACAAUGUCUGACGAGGAGAUUAUAAAACGCCGUUUAUUAAUUGAUGGAGAUGGCACAGGCGAUGACCGGCGUCUUAACAUGUUACUCAAACAAUUCCUAAAAUGGACUUUUUCCAAAAAUGAUUCCCCAGAAAACAAUCAAAUAAUAUACGAUCGACUACUGGCACAAAUGGCACAAUGUGAAUUUGCGGCGGCCAAAACAGACUAUACGUCUAAAAUGAUACAUGAAGAAUUGAAAAACUACGCAAAGCUAUCCGAUUCCAUUGAAAAGAGUAUAGAGUUGGCUAGAAAUGAAAUUGAAGAAAGUAAACGUGAACUUGUACUAGCAAAACAGAUACGUAAGAACAAAAUGGAGUACGAUAUGCUGGCAAAAGUGAUUAAGGAGCAACCCGACCGUAAGGAUACAACCAAACAAAUAGAUGCUCUCAAAAAGGAUCUUUCCGAAUUAAUGGAAAAGAAAAUAAAGUUAGAGCGUAAAUUUCAAAAGCGACGUAAUGAUUUUACACUGCUCAUGUAUUCGAUACGAGAACUACAAGCACAGUUAAAAGAAGAUAGCAGCAGUGAAAGUAGUGACGAUGAGGAAUUGAAUGGCUUAGACACCAUGGAUCUAAGUGAUGAUGAGGGAAUACCCGUGUGUGCAGAGAAAAUAGAGUUAAUCGACGGAAAAACGAUAAAAAAGGGUUCUCCUACAGAUGAGAAUGGUUCAAAAGGAAAUAUGUCGGUGGACGAAGACGCUAUACUAGAAUUAAGUAUUGACAAAGAUGAGAAUGAUGUGAAGAUGGAAGAAACCGUAACAGUUCCCUAGCAGUUAGAUUACCUCGUCAUUGAUUCCGAUUAAGAAGACUCCAUAAAAAAUUAAAAAAUCACAUACAUUUUCAAACAAAUAAAUUACAAAUUUACGUUCAGUUUUUUUUUAUAAUCAUUUACGAUAAUAAGUGUAGCGAGUAAAUAACAAAAUACAACGAAUUGUCGGCAACCAGUUUCAUCUGUCAAUAACAGCUGAUAAACAGUUGUGUGAAAAUUAGUUCAAAGUUGUUUUGUAAUUCAGUAUGGCUGCAACAAAGACUCUGCGCUCAUUAUUACAAGAGUUACGGUCGGCUUCACCUAAAGGCUGCAUUAAAAACUCCCUGGCCGCGCGAUAUAUCCUGGCACAAUACAAGAAAUAUUCCACAACAGAUCUGCAGUUGUGUAAGGCGCGAGAUGAGGCGUUGUUUUUGGGUCAAACUUAUUUAACAUACUUAUCCAGUUUGCGAAAAUACAACGAAUUGUACAAAGAUUACCAUGGUCGUGGUGAACGCAGCGUCAAAGAAACUGCGGAUUUAGUUGGCUUCAAAUUGCCAACUGAUCCCAAAUAGAAACAUUUAAAACAUACAUAUAUAAUGAAGAAUAUUAAUUCCAUUUGGUUCAUUAAUAUGCUAAAUUAUUCCUGUAGAGGUAGCUUAACAUAAUUUUGAAAUGAAUUUGGUUUUUUGAUGAGUUCAAUAAUAUCAAUGCAAGAAGAACGUAAAAUGAACUUGAUAUUACAUAUUUUUGAGCAUCAACUAAUGAAAAAUAGUAGUAAAAUAUCUAUAAUGUAAUAAUGUGAUUUGAUUUUUGAUGGAUUCAAUAAUACCAAAGCAAUGUCGCAGAUUACUGUGAAA